AUGCUCAAGUAUGGUGCCAGUAAGAAAGAUGAACUCACUUUCGCGCAUACUCCGAUAUUUAACAAAACGUUUGUCCCUAUAUAUAGCUUUUAUAGUGGCACGCGUACUUAUAAUUUUUUUAAUUCUGCCCCUGAUCUCCACCAUAUCUAUGGGCCAAAGCUUAAGCUAGUUAGUGGUCACAAUGGUGAUGCAUGGGGCAUACCAGCUUGUAAGAUGGGGUUUGGUGGUGGAUUUUGGUACGCACAAGAGGAGGCUGGCUGGGACUGGGAGUCGUCUCUAGCUCCUUCUUCUUUUUUCACUCUGACAAAUUUGCCUCUCCCUCCGGGCACCAUGGGGUGGCCUUAUGUCGGUGAAACAUUCCAACUCUACUCUCAGGACCCCAAUGUCUUCUUUGCCUCAAAAAGAAAGAGGUAUGGCUCUAUCUUCAAGACCCACAUCUUGGGUUGUCCUUGUGUCAUGAUAUCCAGCCCUGAAGCUGCAAAAUUCGUCCUUGUAACCAAAUCUCAUCUCUUCAAGCCAACAUUUCCAGCUAGUAAAGAAAGGAUGUUAGGCAAAGAAGCCAUCUUUUUUCACCAGGGAGCCUACCACAUGAAAUUGAGAAGGCUUGUUCUUCGUGCCUUCAUGCCUGAAGCAACCAAAAACAUCGUCCCUGAUAUUCAAAACAUUGCCAAGGACUGUCUUCAGUCUUGGGAAGGAAGAUUAAUUAACACUUUCCAAGAAAUGAAAUCAUACACGUUCAAUGUCGCAUUACUUUCCAUAUUUGGGAAGGAUGGAGUUCUUUACAGAGAAGAUCUUACGAGGUGCUACUACAUUCUUGAGAAGGGGUACAAUUCAAUGCCCAUUAACCUUCCUGGAACACUCUUCAACAAAUCAAUGAAAGCAAGAAAAGAGCUGGCUAAGAUCCUGGCUAAAAUCCUGUCGACAAGGAGGCAAAUGAAGCUUGAUCACAAUGACUUGCUUGGAUCUUUCAUGGGCGACAAAGAAGGCCUCGCCGACGAUCAAAUUGCUGAUAACAUUAUUGGAGUAAUCUUUGCUGCUCGUGACACCACAGCUAGUGUUUUGACAUGGAUUCUCAAGUACCUUGGAGAAAAUCCAAAUGUUCUUCAAGCUGUCACUGAAGAGCAAGAGGCCAUAAUGACAAGUACAGAAAAGUGUGAUGAGGAGAAGCUGCUUACUUGGGCAGAUACCAAGAAGAUGCCAAUAACUUCAAGGGUUAUUCAAGAAACUUUACGAGUUGCCUCAAUUUUAUCUUUCACCUUCAGAGAGGCUGUGGAGGAUGUUCAAUAUGAAGGAUAUUUGAUACCCAAGGGAUGGAAAGUUUUACCACUUUUCAGAAACAUUCACCACAGCCCAGAACUGUUUCCAGAUCCUGAGAAGUUUGAUCCUUCGAGAUUCGAGAUUGAUAUUGAUGAUCUCUGCUUUCAUCAGAAGAUUGAUGAAAUGGGAGAGAAAGGGUUGGUCGAAGACCACUGUUUGACAUCAAGAGAUACACACACCCCAAGUCAAAGGACACGCCUCAAAGGAAGAAAUUAUUUUAAGAUUGGUACACAACAAAGGGAACCUAAGUGUGCAGAAGAGUCCUGA